AUGAAGCAAGCCAUGCUUCGGCUGAUCUUUAUGAUCUCGCCGGUGGUGGCAAUGAAGAUGGACACUUCCCGCAUGGAUGGGAGGGACGCACCCUUCGAUGUGCUGGAAGGAGCUAACGCCUCAGACAACGGCAGCGAGGUACUGGAGAACAUCGUCCUGAGGAAUGCGCUGCAUGACCUCAGGGAGGCGGAGGAGGUGCCGGCCCCUGAGGACAUCAGCGCGAACAGUAGCGCCAAUGCAAGCUCCGCGGGUGGUGGCAACGCCACCAACAGCACCGACCAGGGUAUGGGAAAAUUGGCUGAGAACUUGGAGUUCUUGUUCAUCAAGGCCCAUGAGACGGUCGUCGAGCUUCAGCAGCUGGAAAUCAAGAGCUUGAUCGAAUGGAAGCAGAGCCACCUGGAGGCGGAGCACGACCAAGAGACCCCAAGGUUGUCGCUGAUGGAGCUGCAGCAUAAGGAGCAGCAAAGCACAGAGAAUGCACAAACGAUCUUCAAGAAAGUCCUGGAGAAGCACCAUCACCAGAGGGAGAAGAAGCAGUUCGUCACCCCUGUCAAGACAAUGGAAGGCCAGCAAUCUCAGGAGCACCGCGGGCACCGUGCCAACCAUGCCGCCAACUCCAAAAGCAAGCAGCCAAAAGAUCCGAACAGCCAGCAGAGCAGCCUACUGCAACGCCAAAGGAGGGCAUCGGAGUCUGAUGAAAAGGAGCUGGAGGACACUGUGAGUUCCAAGGUCAUCGGCACAAUAGUAGAUGGUGCAAAAAAAGUUGGAGGUGCGAUCAAAGAUGGCACGGGUUUAGUCGGGGACGCGCUUGGAGAUGCCUACGCUUCCGCGACGGACAAGAUCGCUUUCGUGGCCAACACCUUAAUACUGUUUUACAUAGCCGACAAUGCUUCAUUUUGCUUGGUAACGUGUGCAGUUCCAGAAUACUCCUACGAGGCCAACACCGCCAUCGACACCGUGGAGAAGGCCAUUGACAUCCUCAAGCGCGGGUUCAACAGCUGGCACGCCGGGUGCAGCGUCAUUGCCCCAUACUUGUCGUUUUCACAAUUGGGGGCACACAUCUUCUUUGGGGCGAGCCAUUGCCAAAUCACCCUGAUGGGGCAGACCACAAAGCUGUUCCACUUUCACUGGCAUCAGCAAAACAUUGUUUUUCCGCAGCCGCUGCUCACAGCUGCACACUUCGCAACAUCACAGGUCGAAGUGGCAAUGCAAUGGGGAGCACAGCUCGGGAGCCAAUGUUCGAUCCAUGGGGGGGGCCUGAUUCCAUGCCUCGCCAGCAAGCUGGUCGGGUCGCUGGUCUCCUCUGGCAUCGGUGGGAAGAUCCUGGAUGCUGCACCCCCUUUGAAAGCAGUGGCCACCAUGGGCGGUGAGCUCACAAGCUGCGCGCAGACCGGGCCUGGCCUGGUUGCGUGCCUCGGCGGCAAGCUGGUCUCCUCUGGCAUCGGCGGCACGCUGGUCUCUUCUGGCAUCGGUGGCCAGAUCCUCGAUGCCAUACCCCCGCUGAAGAUGAUGAAGAACAUGGGUGAUUUGUAUGGAGGCUGCCACAACCAUGGGGGGCACGGCCUUCUAACGUGCUUCGCUGGAGGGUUGGUCGGCCCUCUGGUUUCCCGUGGCAUUGGCACCCAGAUUCUGGACUCCGCACCCGCCUUGAAGUCCGUGUUCAACAUGGGCCACGAACUGGUGAACUGUGACCAAUCGGCCCAAGGCCUGGUGACCUGCCUGGGCAACAGGAUCAUCAACUACGUGCCCCCCUUGAGCCACCUGAACAAAAUGAGCGAGAUCCUUGCCGACUUCUUGGAGGGCUUUGCGAGAGUGGCGACCACCAUUGCAGGACAGGUCUUGAAGGGUGGCAGCUCUCUGAUCCAAGAGGCCGCCAAUUCGCAGUUCCCGGCCACGGGAGCUCCGCCCAUGGUGCAUCACUCCGGGCAGAGCCUGGUCAUCAAAACCCACACGCAAGAGCACAAACCCAAAAUGUCGGCUCUGCAGACACAGGAGGAGAGGGGGGAGGAUGCCGACCCUGUCAAGGGUGGCUUCGGCUUUCCCAAAUUUCACAGCGAGUCGGGCAACUACCAGUCCAAGCUGGUCAGCCAGCUCCUCUGCCCGCACUGGGAGUUGGGACCCCGAAACCAAUGCAGUGACCUCAAUGUCGCUGUAAGUGCCUUCCUUUGUCCUGGUAUCUGCACAUGGGCGCGUGUGGGGUGGCAUGGCUACGAGACGGACACGAGCUCCUGCCUGGCUUUCGCCCCCAAGAACAAGCACGGACACGGUGGCCAGGCGACAGCAACAGACUGGCAGGUCCAGAAUGAGAACGACUUCGUGGCCCUCGAGCCAUGGGCGGUGCCGUGUGGGAAUAAGUGGAUGAAGGACAACUGGGACAAGUGGCAAGGCGUGGGUGUCGGAAUUGGAGCGCUAUAG